AGAGAGAGAGAGAGAGAGAGAGAGAGAGAACACACAGAAUGGAUCUGAACUCUACUCUCCUCGCCCUAAUUCCUUCAUCGACCUCUGUUACUAUGCUACUUGGAUUCUUUGCUUAUUUGGCAAUUGCUGGAUCCAUUAUACCCGGAAAGCUUGUUCCAGGCGUAAUCUUAUCUGACGGCACUCGUCUCCAAUACCGCUGCAACGGUUUGAUCUCACUUAUUUUGCUGGUUGCCUUACUUGGAAUCGGGGUUUGGACGGAUUUCACAUCUCCCACUGCAAUAGCAGACAGAGGACUUGAGCUAUUGUCAGCGGCUUUUAUACUUAGUUUUCUUGUGACAUUGGUACUUUAUGUGGCUGGUCGCAAAUCACAUGAUCAGGGUUCAUCCCUGAAGCCUCAUGUCACAGGAAACCUAAUUCAUGACUGGUGGUUUGGGAUACAGCUGAAUCCUCAAUUUAUGGGCAUUGACCUCAAAUUUUUCUUUGUUAGAGCUGGGAUGAUGGGAUGGCUACUUAUCAACCUCUCCAUUUUGGCAAAAAGUGUUCAAGAUGCCAACUUGAGCCAAUCAAUGAUUCUUUACCAGCUAUUCUGUGUGUUAUACAUCCUGGACUACUUCUUUUAUGAAGAGUACAUGACCUCCACUUGGGAUAUAAUUGCAGAAAAGUUGGGCUUCAUGCUUGUGUUUGGAGAUCUAGUUUGGAUUCCCUUCACCUUUAGUAUUCAGGGUUGGUGGCUUUUGAGUAACAAGGUGGAGCUAACAACAGCUGCUGUUAUUGCAAAUGGCAUUGUUUUUCUGACUGGGUAUCGGGUUUUUAGAGGUGCUAACAAGCAGAAGCAUGUAUUCAAAAAGAACCCUAAAGCGCCAAUAUGGGGUAGGCCUCCAAAAGUUAUAGGGGGAAAGUUGCUGGCUUCUGGUUAUUGGGGAAUUGCAAGGCACUGUAAUUACCUUGGCGAUUUACUGGUGGCUUCUUCCUUCAGUUUACCCUGUGGGAUAAGUUCCCCAGUUCCGUACUUCUAUCCAGUUUAUCUUCUUAUUCUGCUAAUAUGGAGAGAGAGAAGAGAUGAAGCUCGGUGCGCAGAGAAGUAUAGAGAAGUGUGGGCAGAGUACUGCAAACUCGUUCCAUGGAGGAUAUUACCAUAUGUUUAUUAACCGGCUCAUUGACUAGAUGUAAUCCCGGGUUGUUGCCAAAAUUGGUCUUGUUGGCAUGUAGUACUGUGAUGCGGAGAGAGAACAUAUAUGGUCCAAAUGAGGAUUGUUGCUACCAUAAGAAUUGUGCAUUUUGGAAGAACUUUGCUAUUGUUGUUUGUACUUUGUGUAUAUUCUUUUGAGUUUUUGAUGGAUUUUGUCAAAUUCUAGAAAACCAAUUUUGUGGGUUUUCAGUAAAUUGAGGGUUUUAUCUAUUGAGGUUUUCAUCAAAAAAA